AAUCAAUUUUUUAUGUUGGUAGCAAUGCCCGGCGCAUCAAACUAUAAUUUCUCGUUUAUCGUUAUUUUUAAGUGAAAAAGCCGUUAAAAUAAAUAUAAACCACCACUUAGUGCUUCCAAAUAACCAAUUUAAUAUAAUUAAAGGUUUUAGGUUGAAAUGGAUAGAAGUUUAGAGAUAGGCAGGGGCCCCAUCGUAAUGAUGGAACAGGCCGCCCAACAGAUUGAAAAGUGCCUUAUAAAGGAUAAUUCUGCCCCAACACUGCCUGAACAAUUAAAUAUUCACCAACAAAGUGGAGCAACAGCCUCAGGAUUUACCGAUCAUGAUUAUCCCGUUUUAAAUUCAAUCGAUUUAACAUCAGCAACUUUGACGCAAGUUAAAACAUUAUGUAAAGUUCCUUUACCAACAGAAAUAAUGGAAAAUUUUGGUCAUAUGCAAUGUCAUUGCAUGAUGGGGUUAUUUCCCGAAGUUGAUAGAGCUUGGUUAACAAUAGACAGUGAUAUUUAUCUUUGGAUGUACGAAAAAGGAAAUGAUGUUGCUUAUUACGACGGUUUAAACGAUACCAUAAUAAGCGUAGGAUUGGCAACACCGAAAGCAGGCGUUUUUCAGUCUUUUAUAAAAUACUUAUUAGUUCUUACAACAGCAUCGGAUAUAAUUGUGUUGGGAGUUACUUUUACGGGAACCGAAGAAAACCCAACUGCCGAAAUACAACUUGUACCUGAUCCUGUAUUUUCUGUACCCACGGAAGGUGCCGUUAUUACAACCAUCGCCGGAACAAGCCACGGGAGAUUAUUUUUAGGCGGCAAAGACGGCAGUUUAUUUGAAAUUUCUUAUCAAGCAGAAACCAGUUGGUUCGGAAAACGUUUUAAAAAAAUCAAUCAUUCGCAGUCGAACUUUUCGUUUUUAAUGCCGUCAUUUAUUAAUGCCGCUUUAAGUGAUGUUAAUGGCAUUGUUCAAAUUGCAAUUGAUAAUUCACGUAAUAUUUUGUAUACUUUAACUGAAAAGGGAACAAUCGAAGUUUAUGAUCUUGGUGCUAACCGAAAUUCUUUUAGUCGUGUUGCUAGACUGAAUCAAUCCCAACUUGUCCAAAUGGCUGUAAAUACAGUAAAAACAUUGGAUAGUCAAAAUUUUCGUCCAAUAAUAAGUAUUUCACCAGUGGAGCUUUCUGAAUCAUCUCAAAUAAAUCUAGUGGCGAUUUCACAAAGUGGAACUCGCUUUUAUUUAACAACAACUGGGAAAGCUCAACAACCAUCGAUAAGACCUUAUUGUUUAACGCUUUCUCACGUUCGUUUGCCCCCGGGAUUUUCCGCGAAUAUGACAACACGCCCGAGAAACGUUCAUAUGGGUCAUUAUAAAUCCCGAAAUUUAAUUUUGUUAUCGAGCGUUACGGAAAACGACACUCUUUGGUGUAUAAGUUCGGAUUUGUUUCCGUUCAGCCCGUCUUUAAUGGAAGUUCACACUACAGUUUCAUUAGAUGGACCAGCUUUAGCCGUUGCGGAAGUGCCGUACGAAAAAUAUCCUCAACGACAAUUACCGGAUCCCCCAUCGAUUGUUUCCCAACACAUUGAACCACCAAAAAAAUACGUUGUGUUAACCUCGCAGGGGGCUCAUGUAUUUUUAAAACUACGUCCAGUGGAUUUAUUGAGACAAAUUUUACUUGAAAGUCGCGGUUUGGAUACGGAUGUGAUUAAAAAUUUUUUUACAGUUUUGUUAGCCGAUCAGGCGUGUGCCACAAGUUUGAUUUUAGCGUGUUUGGAGGACCCCCAAAAUUCCGAUGUUGCUGAGUACGCUACGAGAGCUUUCUUUUUAUUUGGUGGUGAACCUAGAUUGGCUCCUUUAACAGGUCAUCAGCAAAAUAUUCAUUCAACGUUAUUUAUGCCAAAUAUUAUGUCAACUCCUGCUCCAUACUCCAACAUUCAAAAUAUGCAAAAUCAAAAUUUGUCUUAUUCUUCAUACAAUCCCCAAUUUCAAAAUGUUGGGAUCUCCCCGAAUACAAGUCAAUUUGAGCCGUUUCAAUACUCGUCGAAACACAACGGUUUAUAUUUUUAUUUAGAAAGGAUUUUAAGGCCGAUUUGGAACAUGUUGUGUGUUGAGAAAAACGUGGCACAAAAUAUUAAAAAAGUUUAUCUUUCUAGUACAAUAACAUCAACUGACUGUAUAUUAACGUUGAGCCAUUUAAAUUCUUUAAGAAAUUUCGUUAUGAAAAACACUCAAUUAUCAACAUAUAACAAUCAAAAUAGCCGUAAUAAUAAUCCGAAUCAAACGGAUCAAACGAUAAAUCCAGUUAAUGUUACGCAAAACUAUACCUUAUACGAUGCGCAAAUGGACGAAAAACAUUCUUUGGAUGCUUUUAAAACUUUUAUAAAUCACGCUUGUCAAGUUGUUGGGUUGUGGAAAAUUUUAUGCGAACAUCAAUUUCACAUCUUAGCGGAAUCCCUUCCUGAACAGCACAAACAAAUGCUUCAAAACGCCGUUUUUAAAGAUUUAAUUUUAUUUGGUAAAGAUUUAUGUUCUAUGUUUAUUACGAUUUUGGUUAACAGUUAUCUUGGUGAUAACGCUUCCGUUGAUUCAAUUAGUAUAAAAUUAAGAGAUAUUUGCCCGGAUUUGUAUAAAAUGGAGGAUGCGACAAUAUCAAAAGCUAAUGAAAUAUUAAAAAGUGCAAGAAAUUUACAAAACAUUGAUGAAAAAGAAGAUUUAAUAGUUUCAGCUUUAGAUUUGUGUAAAUCAGUUGUUCCAGAUAUAAAUUUAAGCGAUAUUUGCCAUCAAUUCAUCGGGUUAAAGGCUUACAACGCAGUGAUUGAGCUUUGCGUUUUAUGCGCAAAUAAAAUAGAUCAAAAAAACAUCGCGGGACAUUUUUAUAAAAAUAGCGAACAAGGCGAUCAAGAAGGAUAUCGUUUUUACACCAAGCGAAUGGAAAUUUAUCAAUACGUUAUAAAUAUGUUAAAUUCGAUUUUCGUACCGCAAGAUUCCAUUAAUCAAACGUUGGCUAAUACGAGUGGAAUUCAAAAUGUUAGUGGGGUUCAAGAGGAAACUCACGUGUUAUUACACAAAAUAAUCGAUGAAAUUCUUCAAUAUUCAGACGAAUUACUUCAUGUUGCUAUAUACGAGUGGAUGAUAAGUAAAAAUAUGACCGAUGAUAUUAUCAACGUUAAAAACACCUCUUUGGAAACUUAUUUGCAAAAAGUUGCGCAAGAAAGUCCAAACAAUAUUAAUGUUUAUGAUUUACUUUGGAAAUACUAUGAAAAUAAUAAUAAUCAUACUUCAGCGGCAAAAAUUUUAAAUUCUUUAGCAUCAAAACCAGGGAAUUUAUUGUCAUUACAAGACCGAAUGAGUUAUUUAGCUCGUGCUGUAAUGUGUAUGCGUAGCGAUAAAGUCGGUUAUGUUCCAUAUUUGGGAGUAUUUUUGCGUGAAUUAGAGGAUAAAAUAGAUAUAGCAAAAGUACAAGAACAAAUAUUGGACGCAAUGACGAAUUUGAAAAAUUCCAUUCCGAAUGCUGAAGAUGCAAUUAUUGCUUUAAACUCGGGUUUAUAUGAAAUUACUCAGUUGUAUGAAAAUUUCGCCGAACCUUUUCAUUUAUGGGAAUCGAAAUUGGCGAUUAUCGACUGCGCUGGUUAUUCUGAUCCAAAAUUUGUGGAAGAAAUUUGGAAUCAUAUAAUUGAAGAUGAGGUACAAAAGUAUUCGGGUUCAGGAAAUGAUCGUAUGAUUCAGAUUUUAUCAAAAAUUAAAAUAUUGGCCAGACAAUACAAAUUAUCGAGUAAUUGUUUUCCUCUUCAACAUAUAAUUUUAAAUUUAGAAAUGAUUAGUGCGCAAUUAAAAACUGAUUCGGCUCUAGUGGCAAAUUUAUUUCUUUCAAUCGAAAUUCCAAUUGAAAUGCUAAUCAACAUAUACAAUCGAUUAAUAACAACAACAGUAACCGAACGGUUUUGGACUUCAGAAGAAAAUGAGUUCCAUUUUUAUUAUGUUAUUGCAGUUUUAAUGAAUGCUUUUCUAAGAACGCAUCAAUCUUAUAAUAGUGUGGAUAAGAGAAAGCUUAUUGCGUUAUGUCAAGACACCACCGCUACAAUUUUGUCAAAUUUAUACAGCAAGCCAAACACUGAAAGAUUAAUCAAUAUUUUAAAAGGGAUACAAGCCCAAUUAUCGCGUUUAUGAUCCCAUUAUUAUUAAUUUCUAUUUGUUUACAUAGGGCUUCUUAUAGAUAAUAAAAAUAACUUUUACAA